UUUUUAUUAUAGCCAUCCUCAUACUGUACACAUCCCUUGUCCCAGGAGAAAGCAGGUCAAAACCAGGAGGAGGCGAGGCGUGGGUUCAAGUCUUGGGAUGGGGCUUUGAACACUAACUUGGGCCCUGGGCUAGCCAUUUAGUCAUCUAAUAAAAAGGAGACUGACACUACAGAUGAUCUCUAAAGCUCCCUCACAGAUGCUUGUAUGAGAUUCUCUGCGUCACAAUACACCAGGCAGUAGCCUGACACGGGGCAGCGAUGUCCUGCUCAACCAAAAGCCUUUCAGAUCCUCGCGUUGGAGGCCAGUCUGGGACCCGAUUUGGCAAUGGCUACAGAGCCCUUGUACGCCCCAGGCCUGGAGCACAGAGAAAUGAUCAAUAGGUCAUUCCGGAGCAAAGAGGAAGCGCCAACAAACUACAACUCCCAGGAGCCCGUAGAGUGCCACUCGGUGGCUUGAGCCUUGUGCCUACUGGGAGAACCAAGCGGCCUCCCAGUUACGCUUCAUUGUUAAGACUGCCAAGCAAAAAUCUGGAGAAAAGCCCGUCCCAGUGGAUCAAACAAAGAAGGAGCCAGAUCCUACACCAGAAAUUUGUAAAAUUUGAGGAGAAAGAGAACACAAAGAAUGUCCAACAGACACUGAGCACUAAAGGCCCACCUGAGAAAAGGGUAAGACUUCAGACAGUUCGUGUUUGGUUAAAGAGAGACAGCGGACAGUAUUGGCCAAGCAUAUACCAUGCAAUGCCCUCUCCAUGUUCAUGCAUGUCUUUUAACCCGGAAACAAGAAGACUGUCCAUAGGUCUAGACAAUGGUACAAUCUCAGAGUUUAUUUUAUCUGAAGACUAUAACAAGAUGACUCCUGUGAAAAGCUAUCAAGCACAUCAGAGCAGAGUGACGAUGAUCCUGUUUGUCCUGGAGCUGGAGUGGGUGCUGAGCACCGGACAAGACAAGCAGUUUGCCUGGCACUGCUCUGAGAGUGGGCAGCGCCUGGGAGGUUAUCGCACCAGUGCCGUGGCCUCAGGCCUGCAAUUUGAUAUUGAAACCCGGCAUGUGUUUAUUGGUGACCACUCAGGCCAAGUAACAAUCCUCAAACUGGAGCAAGAAAGCUGCACACUGGUCACAACGUUCAGAGGACACACAGGUGGGGUGACCGCUCUCUGUUGGGACCCAGUCCAGCGAGUUUUGUUCUCAGGCAGUUCUGACCACUCUGUCAUCAUGUGGGACAUCGGUGGGAGAAAAGGAACAGCUAUCGAACUCCAAGGACACAAUGAUAAAGUACAGGCCCUCUCCUAUGCACAGCACACACGGCAGCUCAUCUCCUGUGGUGGUGACGGUGGCAUUGUUGUCUGGAACAUGGAUGUAGAGAGGCAGGAGACCCCUGAGUGGUUGGACAGUGACUCCUGCCAAAAGUGUGAUCAGCCUUUCUUCUGGAACUUCAAGCAAAUGUGGGACAGUAAGAAAAUUGGCCUAAGACAGCACCAUUGCCGCAAAUGUGGGAAGGCUGUUUGUGGCAAAUGCAGCUCCAAGCGCUCCUCCAUCCCCUUGAUGGGCUUCGAGUUUGAAGUGAGGGUCUGUGACAGCUGUCAUGAGGCCAUCACAGAUGAAGAGCGAGCACCCACAGCUACCUUCCAUGACAGUAAACAUAACAUUGUGCAUGUGCAUUUUGAUGCAACCAGAGGGUGGUUACUGACUUCUGGAACUGACAAAGUUAUUAAGUUAUGGGAUAUGACCCCAGUAGUGUCUUGAUGACUCCCCCCAGGAAUCAGAAAGAUAGUAUUUACUAAAGAAAUGGUUGUUUUAAUCCAAAUCAUUACUGGAGAAGUAAAGCAGAUGUGUGAGAAGUAAGAGAAACUAAAGACCUUAGGUGAAUGUGCAUCUUACCUACACAGUCAAUGGUGAACUAGCGAAAGAACAUUUGCAGGGACUUUUCAACUUGUUCAUACAAUAUAAAGAAGAUAUUUUUUUAACAAAUGGUUUAUACAGUCUGGCUCUGCUACGUUGUUUUGAGUAUGCUGAAAAAAAUCUGUGUGGGAUUGUUUAAUUUUUAUAUUUUUCAGCCCUCCAUUUUACCUGUUGCUUUGAGUGUUGGAGAAAUAAGGGAACUAUCUGUUCAGAGUAUAUUGGUCAUUAUAAAGUAGUUUACACAUUUUUUUCACUGUGGCAUAUAUCAUGUGGCCAGCAUCUUUUUCUUGUCUUUUGACUUCAUCUACUUGUACCUUCUCUGCUUUUUGCCAGAGUGUGUGUAUUUAUAUGUUCAUUCCCAGUGUUUCUGCUUUCAUUCCUUCUCAAUGGAAAGAUUUUUGAUUUUUUUGUGGCUCCACCGGCCAACUUGAAUCACCUGAAGAAUGAUCCAUUUCUGUUGUCUGACUCAUUCAUGUUCUCACUGAGUAGAAAUGACUUCGUGUUUUUAUCUCAGGUUUCUGUGUUUCCUACUUUAGCAAAUGCUGUGAGAAAGAUGUUCCCACGUUCAUCGUCCCAGAAGUAGAUGAUUAAAAUUCACAGCUUCAACCA